GGUUGAUCCUGAACCGUCCAGAUCCCAUUUACUACUCUUUCGAUCAACGGGUAACAAAAUUUCCACGUGUCUAAAUCUUAUCGAGAAAUAACGACCAGAAAUCGUCCACGUGUCAUUCCCGAUGCAAUUAUUACCCUCUCGAUCCAACGGACCCAAAACACUCUUCAUCUCUCUCUCUCUCGGCGAUUUCCCCUUCUCCUCCGCGCCACCGUGAGUGUACGAUUUUACCCCUACGCAGAUCGCGGGAGAGCCGAUCGUUCUCGCCGGAAUCGGAUCGGAGAUGGCGGAUUCGGAUAACGAAUCGGGAGGAGGAUACAGGGACGGAAACAACGCCGCCGGGGGAGGCGGGGACUCGUCGACGCGCGAGCAUGAUAGGUUCCUGCCGAUCGCGAACGUGAGCCGGAUCAUGAAGAAGGCCUUGCCUGCGAACGCGAAGAUCUCAAAGGACGCGAAGGAGACGGUGCAGGAGUGCGUGUCGGAAUUCAUCAGCUUCAUCACCGGCGAGGCCUCCGACAAGUGCCAGAGGGAGAAGAGGAAAACAAUCAACGGCGACGAUCUUCUAUGGGCGAUGACGACCCUAGGGUUCGAGGACUACGUCGAGCCACUGAAGGUCUAUCUUCAGAAGUACAGAGAGGUAGAGGGAGAGAAGACGACCACCGGGAGACAAGGCGAUAAAGAAGGCAGCGGCGGCGGAGGCGGAGGAACGGGAGCUCCCGGCGGGGGUGCGGCGGGAUCCGGCGGCGGAGGGUACAAUGGGGGAGCGGGGGGAGGAGGAGGGAUGGUGAUGAUGGGGCAUCAUCAUAAUCAGGGCCACGUGUACGGUGGAGGAGGACUUCAUCAUCAUCACCACCAUCACCAUCAGAUGAGUGCCGAGAAAAGUGGGUCCGGCCCGGGUGGUGGUGCGGUUAGGUCAAGGUAGGCUUUGGUGGUGGUCGGUUGGGUCUGCUAAGGACGGUAAUUAUUAUCAUAAUCAUGAUUAAUUAUUAUCAUAAUUAUGAUUAUUUAAAAAAAGGGGAUUAAGACAAAGGUCGUUUACGUCUCCUCCGGUGUUAAUUACUCGAUUUUAAUUUUUAAGUAUGUUUUUUUUUUAAAAAAUGGAUUAACUUGUUCCGAAAUUCCGAAUGGUUAGGCUCCACGAUCGAUUUUAUCUCUCUUUUUAUUUUUUUUAUAUCCAUGUUGUAACCUCUGUUUAUUUAGUGCUAAUUAGAAGGGAGCCUCUCUCUUUGUAUCUUGUGUGUGACUGUAACUUUAAUUAAAAUUCCAAUUUUGUGAUUUUUAUUAUUUGGUUACGUGUAAUGUAAUGUAAUGUAAUGCAACAGUACCAUUUAUUA